AUGGCACGACGUUCCCGGAUUGUAGCGCCCUUGCUGGCGUUGGCGUGUGCGAGUUCCACCGCGUGGGCUAGCAAAAAGGUGUUCAAUGUCUACGACGACAUUCUCGCAUUCCCUCAAUAUCAAGUUGUUUUCCCAGACGAAUAUAUCCUGGAAUCGCAAGCACGCGAGUUUCUGCACCCACAGGAGGACGGUUCUUCUGCCUUUAGCGGACAACAAAGAAAUGCCGAACCGAAUCGAGCUCAGGUAUCAUUGAGCAGUGGUAAACGCGACUCCCGAGACGAAGGACGACAGGCACGGGACGGACAUGCAGCCACCUACGAAGAAAUGGGCCUGGAAGCGCAGCGAUAUCUGUGUCGAAUUCCACAUGUGGAACCAGAAAACCAAAGCAAUCCCAAUGGCACGCAAGAGACCAACGAAGCGGAUGAGCAAAGGGAGCUGGCGCGAGCCACAGACCGUGGGAUGGAGCUCUUACGCGAGAUGGAGGGGAAAUGCAUGUACUACGUUUCCGGAUGGUGGUCCUACUCCUUCUGCUACAAGAAUCAGAUCAAGCAGUUUCAUGCGCUCCCCUCGGGCAGCGGCAUUCCUAACUACCCUCCCUUGGAGGACCCCACGACCCAUUCGUUCAUCCUCGGCCGGUUUUCGCGGCCCAAACAUGGCGAUGAUGAGGCCGCAGAAGCGGAGGGCAAAAAGGCAACCACGACGGAAGUCGCCGAACUGCAGACCAAAGGGGGCUCGCGGUAUCUAGUCCAGCGUCUCGAUGGAGGAACGCGGUGUGAUCUGACCGGCCGGAAUCGGAGGAUCGAAGUGCAGUUUCAUUGCCAUCCCCAGUCCACGGACCGGAUCGGGUGGAUCAAAGAAUUGACGACCUGCUCCUAUCUGAUGGUGAUCUACACGCCACGCUUAUGCAACGACGUAGCAUUUCUACCUCCGCAACAGGAGGAGGUGCAUUCAGUGGAGUGUCGAGAGAUCAUCACCCCAGACGAGGUGCCGGACUGGGAAGCUUUGCGAGCAUACCAACUCACCCAGCGACUGGUCGAAUCGGCAGAGGGGUCGGAGUUUCCGGUGGUUGGUGACAUCAAGGUCGGAGCGCAAAGACUGGUCGGGUCGGAAGGUAGAAAGAUUGAAAAGGGCCGGGUGGCUUCCGCAGGGGAAGAGAAGGUGGAGACGGUCGCUAAGCGGGAGAAUGGCGAGGUGCGGAAGAUGUCCCGCGAAGAGUUAAAGAGAUAUGACCUGGACCCGGAGAAGAUUGAAGCGCUGAAGAACAAAGUGGAGAAGUUGGCCAAGGGCAAGGACUGGGCCCUGGAGAUGGUCACGACCAAUGGAGAACGGCAACUGCGAGGGAUCGUGGAUACUGAUGAGAACGAAGACAAGGCAACCGACAGCACUGGGUCGGAAGAGACGAGCAAGACGGCUGAGGAUGGUGAUUCUUCGUCGCAUGAAGAGACGCAGAAGACUGAUCCCAAGAACGCAGUCCCGAAGAACAAGCCGAUGGAAGAGGGUGAACGAGAAGAACGACCGCAUCAGUCGGAUGACUCUAGUCAGGGCAGUGAAGAGACGUUUAAAGAUGAACUUUAG